ACGAUGGAUUUAAAAGAUUCGGGAAGCGUCGUUUUAACAGCCUACCAUUCAUUUACUUCUUCAAGGAUACAUUUGGCGGAUGAGAGCUAUGAAUCGCUCACGUCUACACAUUCACCAACCUCCAGGAAAGUGCAUCAUCGAGGGUUAGCGAGGAUGACUUCGGCUGGGGCGAUGCCUCCAUCCUCUCCUAAUCGCUCCGUGUCUCAGGACUCACAGGACUCCAUGGAGGAUUACUGGAGCGAGGUGAAGAACAUUGAGGAGAACUGCCAAGAACCCCAUGAGGAGCUCGAGAAGGGCAGUUUGGAUGAGGCGGAAAUGGAGGAAGCAUGGCUGCAUGACACAGGACUAUCCACGCUAGUGUCUGGAACACUGACUGAUAGUCAGCCUGCUGAAGCUCUGCUCUCUACACUUACUCGCUCUCAAGCUGCCAUGGUGAAAAAACGUCUGGAUAACUACACCCAAACCUUACGUAUGAGGAACAAACAGAGCAUACGCCAUGUUCGGGAUGUGUUUUCCACCCCCGACACAACGCCUGCCGAGCCCACAACCACAGUGUCACCAGUUCCCCCGAAACUGCCCCAUUGGACGCCUCCCAAAGUUCGGAAGUCAUACCAAGCCUUCACCAAUGUAGACAGCAAUGUAUCGGAUUGUCAGCUGGAGCCGAAUAUCUUGUCCUUCGAAGUGCCGUACUCGGAGAGAGUGAUAGCUCAUCGGAAAGGCCAUGACUGCCAAGACUGUCGAAGGUUUCGGAAAGGGGACAAGGAUUUACCUACAUUUCAGAUUGUAAAGCCCAAGCAAGGGCUCACCAGAGUGCAAGACCUGUCCUCAGAAGACAUCAAAAAGAUCGGCUACAUUGGACUAAUAGAGCUUACUACCUUUUAUGAUGCACUGGGCAUUGAGCUAAAGAGAAACCGAGUGGUUCGUGGCAAGGUGCGGGAAACAGGCAUAUUUGGAGUACCUCUGACUACACUGUUGGAACAAGACCAAAAGAGAUUUCCUGGUUCUAAAGUUCCACUUGUUUUUAAAAAGUUAUUGUCAAAGUUGGAGCAGACAGGUCUGCAGACGGAAGGAAUUCUCAGGGUGCCAGGUUCUGCCUCUAGAGUGAAGCAUUUGCGGCAGGAGUUGGAGGCAAAGUUUUAUGAUGGCAGCUUUGAUUGGGACCAGGUGAGACAAAAUGAUGCAGCUGGACUGCUCAAGAUGUUCAUCAGGGAGCUGCCAUUCCCUUUGCUCACACAUCAGCACAUGCCUGCCUUCCUCGCUGCACAGAAUAUAUCAUCACCAAAACACCAGCUACAGGCCUUGCACCUCCUCAUCCUGCUUCUCCCUGAGGCAAACAGAGACACUAUCAAGGUUCUGUUGGAGUUCUUGAGAAAAGUGGUGGCAUAUGAGGAGAAGAACCGCAUGAGUCUGUGGAACGUCUCUAUGAUCGUGGCGCCAAAUCUGUUCAUGUGUCGGGGAAAGAAUGCCAAGCAGGAGGAGAUGCAGGGGGCAGCAGGGGCGGCUCACCUGGUUCGUUCCCUUAUUGUCCACCAGGACUUGCUAUGGACGGUGCCGUGUUUCCUCAUCUCACAUGUGCGAAAAAUUAACGAGGCUGCAAUGAACAAGAAGAAUCCCAGCUUUGACAAGUCAAGGAGGAUAUUACUGAGAAGACGCCACACAGACAGGGACAAAGAUAGGAGUGAGGUCCCUGAACUUCAUCAGGGGCUCAUUCGGGUGCAGGCACCACUUCAUGCGAAGAUUUCCAUGGCCAUUCAGCUGGACAGUGAGACGAGGGCCCGGGACGUGAUGGCACGUUUUGAUUUAGAGAAUGGCCAAACAUCCCGCAAUAGCAGUCGAAGACAGAAGCAGUUCUUGUUUGAGGUUGGAGGAAACAUAGGGGAGCGCUGCCUUGAUCCGGAUACUCAUCUGCUAGAAGUGUACCAUGUGAAUCCUCACUGUGACUGGGUCUUAAAAUCCAAACCCACCUGAGCAUAUGUGAGCUACAGCAAAAGGUCAACUGAGGAUUUCACCGUGGAGGCGGCUUUGUGCUCAUUUCAGGAUCCGGCUCACAAAAACAAGAGAAGAAGAAUGGCCUCUUUUCAAAACACUUUAAAUGUGCAAGUUCUCAACAACGAAGGCUCACUAAAUAGCUCAAGCACUGCAUGUUUGCCUCUUUUUAGAUGGUAAAGAAGGUAUUUGCUUUGUUUUGUUGUUUGAAAUGCAGCAGACUUUAAGAGGAAAUCUGGGUUUGAGACAGGCUCUUCAAGAUGAAGGAUUUUUGUGUUUCUUUUUCUUUGCUGGCUUGCGUCACACGAUAAACAGUGCAGUGCUGGCCAUUGAGACAGUUUGAUGCCAGAAACAUGUGUUCUCAUCUUCAGUGGCCCUUAUUGAUUGAAGGUCACCGUUGAAGCAUGUUUUUCUUAGUGCCUGCAAGAUUUAGUGCAAAACGCAUGUACAUAUAAUAUUUAUAGCACUAAUUUAUCCCGCACUCCUGUGAUUUUACCAUGUAAACCGUGUCUGGUUUUGUAUUAUUUACAUACACUGACUGCAUGCUUGUGAUUUAUAAUGUUAUGAUUAGGUACAAUAUAAGACUGAUCAUACACUAUUAUUUACCUCUUUACAAAUGCAAUUGAACAUUUAUUUACGCCAAUCGAAGCUGUGCUCAUGUGGAUUCAGUGGCUGUGCUGCAUGAAUUCCGACUGGAUUAUUCUUAACUGCUUAACACACUACAUUCUGAAGACUCUGUACACUAACUUAUCGGAUGUGGAUGCACAAUAUGAAUGAGCCACGCCCGAGAGUUCUGUAUCCAACCCGGAAUACAGAGACAGACAGUGAAUCAGCCAAACAGGCUCAUUAUUGUUUGCUGGAAAAGUUGGAUGAUGGUGAUUGAUCUGGAGUUACCUGAAGGAGCUGAUAUGACGGGAUUUGCACUGUGUAGUGAGCUUGGUUUCCACUUAAGUCUAAUCAGCUCUUCGGUCCAAGUUUGAUCUCAGUUACAUCAAACUAACGCUGAUUGCCAACACUAUAACCACUGUUGCUGUUAACACUAAGUAUUGAUAUAAAUGAUUUAAACAGUGAAGAAGAAUUAACCACUGCUGCAGUAACUGGUUUCUUUUUGUAUUUUGUCAAAAAAGCCAGUGUAAAAAAUGAAGGAUUGUUUUUAUUUAAUUUUUUACUGUAAUGUACUUUUGUGUUUAUUUUAAUUUUUCUUUUGUAUUAACAUCCUGACACUGCCAUCUGCCUGACUUGUGCUUUCUGUGUAACUAGAACUGUGUAACCAGAACCUCAACAAAUUCAAAUACUGAAAUCAAA